AUGGCUGAAAGUAUCGAGGACCAUCUUAAAUGUCCCGCCUGUCUGGACAUCUUCAGAGAUCCUGUCAUUCUGUCGUGCAGUCACAACUUAUGCCGUCUGUGUCUGCAGCAGUGGAAGGAAAAAGGAGAAACGUCGUGUCCAAUCUGUAGGACAACGUUUAGGAGGUCGAUGGAUAUGUUUCUGAACUUGGCACUGAAGAAUUUGUGUGAUAAUCUUGCACGAGCCUCAGUCAAGUCAGAAGACAUGUGCAGCUUGCAGAAAGAGGACCACCAGGAGCUUGUGCGCCUCAGAGGCACAGAUGCAGAAAUCCUCACUGGCCACACGUUCCGGCCACUUGAAGAAAAUGUGGAAGGUCAUCAUAAGGAACUCCUGAAAGCCCUGCAAAAUGCCAAGGAAAGACUCCAAGAUUACAACGACUGUCUAGAAAACUGCAAUGAACAGGCGGAGUACAUCAAAGUUCAGAAGGAGAAUGUCGAACGCAAGAUUAAGAAGGAUUUUCAGGAGCUCCGUCGCUUUCUGGACGUUGAGGAGGAGGCCAGGUUGGCUGCGGUCAGGGAGGAGGAGGUGGAGAAGAGUCAGAUCAUGAAGGAGAAGAUCGCAGCUCUCAGCCAACAAAUGGCCGCUCUCUCGGAUGUCAUUAGAAGCACUGAGGAGCUGCUGGUGUCUGGCACUGAUUCAUUCAUGAAGAACUUUAAGAGUGCGAUGAGCAGGAUCCAAGAGCUCCCCGAUAAACCAGAGCUGCUCCGAGGUGGCCUGCUGGACGAAGCCAAACACGUAGGCAAUCUCAAAUUCAAGGCAUGGGAGCGGAUGAAGGAGACGCUCCACUACAGUCCCAUCAUUCUGGACCCCAACACUGCUGGUCCAGGAAUCAUUCUGUCCGAAGAUCUGACCAGUCUGAGUUUGGAAGAAGGACAGCCACAGCGUCCAAAGAAUUCAGAGAGGUUCAAGUGGAAGCGUGUGCUGGGUGGUGCUUUGGACUCGGGAAAACACGUGUGGGACGUUGAGGUGGGAGACAACAAUGACUGGACAGUAGGGAUCAUGGCGAUGGACCCUUGUUUGCCGGAUGAAAUGGGUGGUUGGUUCUUUGGAAGUUGGGAUGGUAAAUACAAAAGACCCCCUGGCAUUUAUGGAGAAUGGAAGCCGCCUUUCAAAGUGCAGAGGAUCCGAGUUGAAGUGGACAUGAAUGAAAGGUCAUUGUCUUUCUCUGAACCGCUUAAAAACACCAAAUUGUGGAACGCUCGGAAGGCUUUCGAUUGGCCAGACUUGUCCGAGACUGUCUUCUACAAAACCAUGGCUGAAAGCAUGGAGGACCACCUUAAAUGUCCUGCCUGUCUGGACGUCUUCAAAGAUCCUGUCAUUCUGCGGUGCAGUCACAACUUAUGCCGUGCGUGUCUGCAGCAGUGGAAGGAAAAAGGAGAACAAUCGUGUCCAAUCUGUAGGACAAAGUUUAGGAGGUCGAUGGGUGAUCUUCCGAACUUGGCGCUGAAGAAUUUGUGUGAUAGCCUUGCACGAGCCUCAGUCAAGUCAGAAGACAUGUGCAGCUUGCAGAAAGAGGACCACCAGGAGCUUGUGCGCCUCGGCGGCACAGAUGCAGAAAUCCACACUGGCCACACGUUCCGGCCACUUGAAGAAAAUGUGGAAGGUCAUCAUAAGGAACUCCUGAAAGCCCUGCAAAAUGCCAAGGAAAGACUCCAAGAUUACAACGACUGUCAAGAAAACUGCAAUGAACAGGCGGAGUACAUCAAAUUCCAGAGAGAGAAGGUCGAACACAAGAUUAAGAAGGAUUUUGAGGAGCUCCGUCGCUUCCUCGACGUCGAGGAGGAGGCCAGGUUGGCUGCCGUCAGGGAGGAGGAGAUGGAGAAGAGUCGGACCAUGAAGGAGAAGAUUGCAGCUCUCGGCCAAAAAAUGGCCGCUCUCUCGGAUGUCAUUAGAAGCACUGAGGAGCUGCUGGUGUCUGGCAGUGAUUCAUUCAUGAAGAACUUUAAGAGUGCGAUGAGCAGGAUCCAAGAGCUCCCCGAUAAACCAGAGCUGCUCCGAGGUGGCCUGCUGGACGAAGCCAAACACGUAGGCAAUCUCAAAUUCAAGGCAUGGGAGCGGAUGAAGCAGACGCUCGACUACAGUCCUGUCAUUCUGGACCCCAACACGGCCGGUUCAGGAAUCAUUCUGUCCGAAGAUCUGACCAGUUUGAGGUGGGAAGAAGGACAGCCGCAGCGUCCAAAGAAUUCAGAGAGGUUCAAGUGGCAACGUGUGCGGGGUUGUGCUUUGGACUGGGGAAGACAUGUGUGGGACGUUGAGGUGGGAGACAACAAUGACUGGACAGUGGGGAUCAUGUGGAUGGGCCCUUUUUUGCAAGAUAAAAUGGGUGGAUGGUACUCUGGAUUUUGGAAUGGUAAAUACAAAAUUCCCUCCGACAAAUUUGGAGAAUGGAGUCCGCCUGUCAAAGUGCAGAGGAUCCGAGUUGAAGUGGACAUGAAUACAAGGUCAUUGUCCUUCUCUGAACCGCUUACAAACACUGAAUUGUGGAAUGCGCAGAAGCCUUCCGAUUGGCCAGACUUGUCCGGUAACAUCAAGAUGUAUCCUUACUUUUACUCGAGCAGUAAAAUUCCUCUAAAAAUAAUCCCCAUUCAACCUGGUGUUACGACGGCCAUCCGCUAG